UAGACAUAGGAAAAGUGGAGAAGGCAAGUCUCAGCAAAUCAAAGAUUACAACUCCAGGUCCUGAUAAUCAAUUUAUAUUUUGGCCUAGAGGGCACAAAUUAUACCCAAAAGUUAUGUAAUGUGAUCUUUCAAAUUUCACACAGAGAAAUAUGGUUCACACAUAUGCACAUGUGCACCCGUACACUUCAAACCAAGUACACACCGCACUCCUCUACCAUGUAAACACAAAUAGUAAGUCAAGAUCACAAAAACCAUUGCAAAGAUUGCUAAUCACCCUGAACAUUUUUAUGGUGGUGGCACAAACAAACAAAUAGCAUUUAAUGAUUUACAAUAUUAAUUUAAAGGAGACGCAAAUUUAAAUACACAGGAUCAAAAUCUGUGCAAAUACUCUUUUCCUUAUUUGUAAUCAGUUAUAUGUAUAAUUACUGAAUGGCCAAAUGUUCUCCUUCUUCCCAUAUUCUGUCAAAAGGGCAAUGCCUCCUAUGAAGAUUUUCUGAAACAAGUAUUUUAUCCCACUCACUCAUGGAAAUGGUGUGAGUCCUGAUUUAGUAACCUGAAGUUAUCCCUCUUUUAUGAGGCAUAAAACUCUUCCUCGGUAAAUAAACAAGACUAAUGAAAUGUUCUUAAGAAAACUGGCACCAACAAUGAAAACAUCCAGAGCAGUCUACAAAUACCUAUUUGGGGGACUAUAUAAAAGUCUCAGGAAGGAAGAAGACUUUUGGAGUCAAGUAACUUGAGUUUUGCAACUAGUCUCUGUUCUUCACUUCCAAUAGGAUGCCUUCAGGCUGUUCUCUCACAUGCUGCUCUUCUGAGUCUGGUGCCAGGGCUUCUGAUUAUCCAUCUGUUUCAACAUGUUCUGUGGAAGCAGCUUGUCUCCCUAAUGCCUGUGUUACAUCCAGAUGCCAGACCCCCACUUUCCUAUCCAGGUCUCGCUUGUCAGCUGGUUGCCUCACACCAUGUUACUUUGCUGGGAGCUGUAAUAUUCCAUGCUUGAUUUUGUGCACAAAGGCGGAGAAUUCUAGACUUGCUGUACAGCUUGACAACUGCAAACUGACUGCCGAUGACUUUAGGUCAAAGUACGAGAGUGAACUGUCCCUUCGCCAGCUGGUAGAGAGUGACUUCGGUGACCUGUGCAAGAUCCUGAAUGAGCUGACCCUGUGCAAAUCUGACCUGGAGGCCCACGUGGAAUCUUUGAAAGAAGAUCUCUUCUGCCUUAAGAAAAGCCAUGAGGAGGAGGUCAACCUGCUUCGUGGACAGCUUGGUGACCGACUCAGUGUGGAGCUAGACACCGCCCCCACAAUCGACCUCAACAGGGUCCUGGAUGAGAUGCGUUGUCAGUAUGAAACGGUGCUCGCCAACAACCACAGAGACGUGGAAGAAUGGUUCGCUGUUCUGACAGAGGAGCUGAAUCAGCAGCAGCUGUCCAGCACAGAGCAGCUGCAAGGCUGCCAGACGGAGAUCUUAGAACUGAAACGCACGGCCAACGCUCUGGAGAUUGAGCUCCAAGCCCAGCAAAACUUGGCAGACUCUCUGGAAUGCACUGUGGCAGAGACCGAGGCCCAGUACAGCUUCCAGCUGGCCCAGAUGCAGUGCUUGAUCGACAACGUGGAGACGCAGCUGGCCGAGAUCCGCUGUGACCUAGAGCGGCAGAACCAGGAGUAUGAGGUGCUGCUGGACACCAACGCCAGGCUGGAGUGUGAGAUCAACACGUACCGGGGCCUCCUUGAGAGUGAGGAUGGCAGAAUUCCUUGUAACCGAGGUUCUACAACGUGCACGUCAGACAACACCUGUGAGCCGUGCUCAGCCUAUGUCAUCUGCACAGUUGAAAACCGCUGUGCUUGAAUGUUGACACCAAGCAUGGCUGAUGGAGGAAUUGAAGGCAGCCCACUGCAGGUUCCUAGAAAGGGAAUGGGGCUUCAGCCCGGGACAUUCAAACCUGAAAUGCACGUCAGGAAGGCUUUCAUAUCCUAAAGUUGUCCUCUAAGCAUCCGUGGUAUAUUUCUGCUUUAUCAUUUCUUCUACUGCCUAUUUGUGGUAUUCUAGAAGUCCAUAAAGCUUUCUUACUCAUCAUAAAAUAAAAUGUGUUUCAUUCCUUUGGGAUGGUAAAUACAGCUUUGUAGUUUAUUACUGUUGCUAUAGUAAUCUAGGUCUUACAAAUAGUCAUUUGAUCCAGGGAGAAUCAUCUAAAUCUAUGUCCAUAGUGUGAUUUUUCAUAAA